ACUGCACCGUUCCUUUCAGGGCCUCAUUCUCGGUGGCGAGAGAAAUCACCUGCUGCUGGCUAAAUUCCAGGGAGUCGCGGAGGGCCAUAAACUCUUUGUGGAGGAGUUCCACUAGCGCCAGACGUGCGUCGAAGCUUGAUAUUUUUUUCUCGAUUGACUCCAGGAUGUCCGUGAUGUUUUUAUCCGCCGAGCUAGCUCCAGGUGACUCAGGUGAGUCAGACGGACGGGAACGCUUGUUGGGAGCCGUCUCCUUUUUCCCCAUUUCCAGACGCUCGAAGCACUCGUCGAUAUACUCGAAACUUUCUUCGGUGUUAUCCAGAAUGGUAGGGUGGUUGAUUAUUUUCCAUAAAAUAAGGUAGUUAUUUAUUUAAAUUGGCGGAUAGUUUGUCGCGCUGUUGUUUACUACCGGUGUCGCGCCGCCUUGUUGAAUUUCUCGUGCUGUUCUCGCAGAGUCUCGCGUUCUCUCACAGCAUCGCGUCUCCUCGAUGCCUACGUCCUCUUCUAUGUCCUCGCCUACGACCUCUCCUACGUCCUCGCCUAUGACCUCAUCCUCUUCCAUGUCUACGUCCUCGCCUACGACCUCGCCUAGGACCUGUCCUAUGUCCUCACCUACGACCUCGCCUAUGUCCUCGCCUACGACCUCAACUACGUCCUUGCCUACGUUCUCGUCUACGUCCUCGCCUAUUACCUCUCCUACGUCCUCGCCUUACGUCCUCGCCUAUGACCUCGCCUAACGUCCUCGUCUAUGUCCUCGUCUGUGUCCUCGCCUACGACCUCGUCUACGACCUCUCCUACGUCCUCUCCUACGUCCUCGCCUAUGACCUCGUCCUCUUCCACGUCUACCUCCUUACCUACGACCUCGCCUACGACCUCGUCUACGUCCUCGCCUAUUACCUCUCCUACAUCCUCACCUAUGACCUCUCCUACAUCUUCUCCUACGUCCUCUCCUACGACCUCGCCUACGUCCUCUUCUAUAUUCUCGCCUACGACCUCUCCUACGUCCUCGCCUAUGACCUCACCGAUGUCCUCGCCUACGUCCUCUCCUACGUCCUCUCCUAUAUUCUCGCCUACGACCUCUCCUACGUCCUCGCCUAUGACCUCACCGAUGUCCUCGCCUACGUCCUCUCCUACGUCCUCUCCUAUAUUCUUGCCUACGACCUCUCCUACGUCCUUGCCUAUAACCUCGUCCUCUUCCAUGCCUAUGUCCUCGCCUACGACCUCGCCUAUGACCUCUCCUACGUCCUCUCCUAUGUCCUCGCCUACGACCUCUCCUACGUCCUCGCCUAUGACCUCACCGAUGUCCUCGCCUACGUCCUCUCCUACGUCCUCUCCUAUAUUCUUGCCUACGACCUCUCCUACGUCCUCACCUAUAACUUCGCCCUCUUCCAUGCCUAUGUCCUCGCCUACGACCUCGCCUAUGACCUCUCCUACGUCCUCUCCUUUGUCCUCGCCUACGACCUCUCCUACGUCCUCGCCUAUGACCUCGUCCUCUUAGGCGAGGACGUAGGACAUGUCCUCUCCUACGACCUCGCCGACGUCCUCUCCUAUAUUCUCGCCUACGACCUCUCCUACGUCCUCGCCUAUGACCUCACCGAUGUCCUCGCCUACGUCCUCUCCUACGUCCUCACCUAUAUUCUCGCCUACGACCUCUCCUACGUCCUCGCCUAUGACCUCACCGAUGUCCUCGCCUACGUCCUCUCCUACGUCCUCUCCUAUAUUCUUGCCUACGACCUCUCCUACGUCCUUGCCUAUAACCUCGUCCUCUUCCAUGCCUAUGUCCUCGCCUACGACCUCGCCUAUGACCUCUCCUACGUCCUCUCCUAUGUCCUCGCCUACGACCUCUCCUACGUCCUCGCCUAUGACCUCACCGAUGUCCUCGCCUACGUCCUCUCCUACGUCCUCUCCUAUAUUCUCGCCUACGACCUCUCCUACGUCCUCGCCUAUGACCUCACCGAUGUCCUCGCCUACGUCCUCUCCUACGUCCUCUCCUAUAUUCUUGCCUACGACCUCUCCUACGUCCUCGCCUAUAACCUCGCCCUCUUCCAUGCCUAUGUCCUCGCCUACGACCUCGCCUAUGACCUCUCCUACGUCCUCUCCUUUGUUCUCGCCUACGACCUCUCCUACGUCCUCGCCUAUGACCUCGUCCUCUUAGGCGAGGACGUAGGACAUGUCCUCUCCUACGACCUCGCCGACGUCCUCGCCUAUGACCUCAUCCUCUUCCACGUCCUCGCAUACAUCCUCGCCUAUGACCUCUCCUACGUCCUCGCUUACGUCCUCGCCCACAUUCUCGCCUACGACCUUGUCCUCUUCCACGUCUACGUCCUCACCUACGUCCUCGCCUACAUCCUCGACCUACGUCCUUGACCUACGUCCUUGCCUACCACCUCUCCUACGACCUCAACUCAACUGUUGUUUGAGCAUGUGGGACCUUAAUAAUAAUUCUGUUAAUAACAGAUUAUACAGAUGAGGUCCCCCAACAUAAUAUAGUGAUUGUGUAUAUGUUGGAGCAUUUCCAUUAGUUCAUCACUAGACGAAGGUCGUGAUCUCCGUGAUAGGAAGUGUGCAUCUGUGGGGCGGACGGCAGAAGAAGAGAGAGAACCCAGAUGGAGACCCUGUAUGGAACGUUGAGAUGCCGUGUCAUUUCUAGUCAAGUUAUAAACUAAAGGCCGUUGUCUACAUUGUGUUAUUAGCCACCUCACGAUACCAUAUAAUAUACUUAAUAUUCACAAUGUAACACAAGCACUUCUUACUUUAUCACAAAAUGAUCACAAAUUGUUUUAACGGUUUUUAAUUGUGUACAUUGAAGUACAGCAAGGACAAGGAGGCUGGUUGAAGCAGAUGAUGUACUUGCAGUGUAUCACCAGCUGUCACUGUUCUGUGUGGUUUCAAAGUGUUGGUUCAUUUUUCCAGCACAAUCAGAUGAACCUUGUGGAAGCUUCAUGGGGCUUCAGCUGCCAUCCCUACAGACGGAACAGGCAGAAAGCUUGGUCUGAGAAAUCGUGAUCGUUUAUUUAGUUUGUAGUAUUUACUUUCAACGGUCAGCUGAGACCUGCACCGUUCUGACUCUGCUUCGCUUCACCCACAGUUUACUUAGCGGCUGACGGCGCCUGCCGGCAAGUAACAGGUAAAUCGGUAAUGGACGCUCCUGAUUGUUCACAAAAAACACGACACAAAACACAAGUUAAACGCUACGUUCCGCCCAUAGAUCACUCUGUUACGGAGAGCGCAUGCGCUAACAGGUAACGUAAACCACGGCAUUGACAGGGACAGCUAACGGCUGGGAUGGCACCCAGGCAGAAAAUUCGUCAAAUUCAUGCCAAAUUCGUUUUUAAAGAAGGCAAAGCUGGGAGGCGGGCAUCUCCGUAGUCUAUUUUUGUGUACAAAGAACUUGGCUAAACACAAUGCAGUAUUAAUACAUAAAUAAGUUUAAUGUUACAAUAAGUAAUAUGUUACCUUUAGAGAAGAAACUCAUAAUAGGCGGGAAUUUAUUUUUUAACCAUUUGUGAACAUCCAACCAGAAAAUUUGUAUAACAUUACAUAGGAAAAAUACAUGGACGAUAUCCUUAAUAGCAUUUUGGCAGAAGAAACAGCUGUUGUUAUCAAUGUUAAAGCGUAGUCUGAGUAAUUCUUUGGAGAGAUAGAUGUUGUUCAAAAUUUUAAAAUGUGUUUCUUUUGCUUUUGGGGGAAUAGGAAGUUUAGUAAAUUUGGUUCUUAAUUUAAUAACUGUUUUUGUCAAAUUUGUGUAAUAUAUUACUUUCGUUUUGUCGCCCCGGAAACAACCGUUCAGUGAACCAAUUUCUGAUAAAUAAUUGUCACAUUAACCAAUGGUCAAUUCUUUAUUUUAAAUUAUAAUUAGUGCUGACCCAUAUUAUGCCUGGGUUAAAGUGUUUCCAUGUGUCGAUUAGGCCUUGCUCAUUGUUUACAUCUCAUUGCAGACAUUGUUAAAUGUUACAUUUGCAUCUCAUUGCAGAAUUUGUUAAAUGUUACAUUGGGGUGACUUGAAGCAUAAUUAGAAGGAGCUCUAUCCAUACAGUCAUCUUGUACUAGGUUCAAGUCCCCUCAAGUAUAAUAUUAUUAGAUGAGUAUGCUAAACUGAGUUGGUUUAAAUGUGAUCAGAUUCGGUCAGAUCUUUUAUUUUCCUUGGUAUUAUUAUAGCCAUAUAUGUUAACAACCAGGAUGAACUUCUACUGAAUUAAGUCAUGGUGUCACUCUCUGGCCGUUGAUGAAGGCAUAGGGACCUCAAAACAUAGUCUUACAUCCAUUCUUUCUCGCCUGUUCAACUUUAGGCCACACUGCAUUUCUUGCCUCUCUGUCCUCUUUGAUGAGGUCUUCUGCAAACCGUGCUGUAUGUUGAGGUCCCUGCAGACUGGAUGAUGAUUAGUUGUUCGCCAAAGCUAAUCCCUGAAGCUCCUUCCUGUGAACUGAAUGAUGAUUUGUCGAGGGUGGUUGACAUCGUUUGGGCCCAGACGGUGUUCCGUAUCGAGAAUAUAGUCAAUUUUCUCUUUCCAAUGUGGUGUGAUCCUUGAGAUGAUUUUGCCUACCAGGGCUCUAGUGUUUUCAUCUUUUUUUUCCUUAACCCCAUUUAGUCUUAAGUUCCAUCUUCUCUUGUAUCUUUCUGCUUCUACCGUUUUCUUUACCAUCUCUGACAUUCUCCUCUCUAAUCUUGCCCGGAAGUCCCGGUCACCAGUUAACAUGGUCACUCUUUCAUAUGGUCGUACUGAAAGGCCGAUUGGGGUGUUGUUUUAAUCACACGUGAAUUGUAUUGCUGUGCCUUAUCCCUUAGCAUGACGAAGAUGUGUGCUUCACCAAGGAAUUUACAAACCCUUCAGUACAGGGAGCAACGGUGCCUGGUAUAUACACGAAUAUGAGCCGUCAUGUCUGUCUGAUCAUUAAAUAUAAUUAAAGUCAUUAGUCAGUGGACUAGCUUGUUGCUGCUUGUGGAGCUUUCAGGAUCUGCUGUGCCACGUCGAAGGAACUUCCUUGUUCAUCAGCCAAUCAGAGCAUGCAGGCUAAAUUAGGUCAUGUUAUUUUACUUGUAAAUUUAGCCACAAUUUGUGCGUAAUUUUAACGCCCCAAAUUAUAAGUGUAAACAUGGUAUAGCCCCACUAAGAGUAGAAGUACUGAUCUGGAUAUGCACACACAAAUCUAAUGUGACUCUAAUUUGACUCAGUGGCAUAAACCAUGGUGAGUGGUGCUCUGUAGAUCUGCUUGUGAACCAGAGGCAGAGCUUUGUCAAAUUCAUUUUUUUUAUUUUCACACUAAAAAGCCUAUGGUCCGUGUUUUUUACAUAUCUUAACACACAAAUGAUCAAUAAUAUGUUUUAUGUUUUACUACAGGCGGCACGGUGGUGCGGUGGGUAGCACCGUCGCCUCACAGCAAGAUGGUUCUGGGUCCGGAGACGGCCCUGGUGCCUUUCUGUGUGGAGUUUGCACAUUCCCCCCGUGCUUGCGUGGGUUCUCUCCGGGUUCUCCGGCUUCCUCCCACAGGCGGCCCUGGUGCCUUUCUGUGUGGAGUUUGCACGUUCUCCCCGUGUUUGCGUGGGUUCUCUCCGGGUUCUCCAGCUUCCUCCCACAGUCCAAAGACGUGCAUUAGGUUGAUUGGACUCUCUCCAUUGCCCGUAGGUGUGAGUGUGUGUGUGAAUGGUUGUCUGUCUGUGUGUUGCCCUGCGAUGGACUGGCGACCCAUCCAGGGUGUACCCUGCCACUAGCCCAUAGCCAGCUGGGUUAGGCUGGGUUAGGGAGUAAGUGGCUUGGAAAAUGGAUGGAUGGAUGGAUGUUUUACUACUGUUUUUCAUUUUUGUUUCUGUCGAUCUUCAGAUGAAGCCAAAGGAGAAUGAUGUAAAGAACAAAGGAGUUUUAAGGGAUAGUUACAGAGAAUAACCAAUAAAAUUGUGAUAUUGAGCUCUCCCAUGUGGCUGCACACUGUAACUGCAUUUUUUUUAUCCAGCGCACUGUGACAAAUUAUACACAGCAGCUUGCACAAAUGCCGGUGUUUCAUCUACUGAAGUAUUCUUAUUAUUCCUGUGAGGUCACUAUUGAAACUAAAAUGUUUUAAGGUUUGUGGUGUUUUUUACUUUUUGCUUUUACAUUCUUUAGUGUAUGUUUUGUAUUUGCACUUACGGUUUCCUCUCUUCUGUCUCUCUCGCAAUAAUUCCUGCCUCACAUGUUUGGCUUACAAGGACUACAAAGGACGCUCUAAUGCAGUCUUUUACUCACUGCCUUGAAUUUGCAGACACUAAAACAGGGUUGAGGCAACAUCAACUGAAAACAUUUUCUUUAUUUGGCUAUUUAAUUACACUCACAUGGUAUUUAAUAAACACAGAACCAGCUUCUCAUUGUAUUAAUAUGGGCGUGUACAACACAAACAUGGGCGUGUUCACAUUGACCACAAACCAAGAAGAAUGUCCUCAUUCAUCCACAAGUAGAGGUAACUAAUAAAUACAAGAAAUUUCAAAGAUAACAUAAGAUUUCAAAAUAAAACAACAGUGUUACCAGGGUAUUUAUAAAGCAAACAAACGGUAAAAGAAAACUUCAAACUUUAAACUGUGAAUGGUUGUAAAGGAGAACACUUUCUGUGGUGUUUCACGUGACAGGCAGAGAAAUCGACCCUCAUAUAGACUUUAACAUAUGGGUCUGAGGUCCCACCCAUGUCCAUAGCUGGGAGGUCCUGAGCCUGGAGGAUGCCGACUAUCAGCUGGAGGAGCCGAGCGUAAGAUAAGUUGAAUGUCAGCAGAUUUCUGUGAUCUGUUUGAUCUAAUAGUGAGGACUGUAUUAAGCCUGUGUGUGUGUGUGUGUGUGUGUGUGUGUGUGUGUGUGUGUGUGUGUGUGUGUGUGUGUGUGUGUGUGUGUGUGUGUGUGUGUGUGUGUGUGUGUGUGUCUGUACCUGAUUUUCUGUGAAGUUAUAAUCCAACGUGUACUCCAGUUUGCCAAAGAACUCCUUUUCUUCUUCCUCCUUCCCAUCUUCUCCUUCCUGGAACAGCAUUUUUCAAGUUUACAUUUAGCACUUUGAUGUAUAUACUAUACAAACUCAAAAUUUAAUCAACAUGACACAUAAUCUGAAAAGGAUCCGUAGAUGAACUUUCUUUCAGCAGGUUCAAGAUCUUCAGGGUUUUUGUCAAACCAGGGUGGUAAACAUGCCCCAGAUGGUUUAUGACCCAACUGUGGUGUUUUAAUCACUAGGUUUUGUGUUUUCUUGGUUAAAAUGAAGGUUUCAUUCUUUCAGGGUUAGACACAAAACUGUGGAGCUGAAACUAUUUUAAUUCAGCUUCAUUAUAUUAAUCAUGGUGCUGUAGCUUCUGUUUGCGCUUCACUAAGCUGUCACUGCUGCCAUUGGACAAAGGCCAAACAGCUGUGCAUAGUAGAUUUUAGAGCACACACACACACACACACACACACACACACACACACACACACACACACACACACACACACACACACACACACACACACACACACACACACACACACAGCUCCAUCUGUUGGCCUGACAAGGCUGUAGACACACUAACAUAUGUACACCUUGAAUGACUCUCUUGCUCCACUCCUUCCUUACCUUCUUCUCCUCUGCUUCCUCUCCCUCCUUGUCCUUCUUCCUGCGCCCUCGUCCUCCCUUUCUCUCGCGCACCUUCUUGGGCUUCUUGCCUUUGAUGAAGCACUUCUUGUAGAUGCAGAAUCCCAGGCAGGCGACGAGGGCGAGGACCACUACCACAAUGGCACCCACAGCCCACAUGGGCACUGGGGAAAUCAGGGAGAAGGGUGGGAAUGACAAGGUAGUGAGAAAUGUGUGGAAGUCCUUCUCAGGCUACCACUAGUGUUAUGGAAUAAAAUCGCUUGAUCAGUAAACUCAAAGUCCCUAUGGGAUCAGUUUUAUUCAUUGCGAUCAUUGCUUGAUUGUUCAUUGAAUUCUAACUGACUAAAAUUUUAAAUCUGAUCCGCGCACAUGGCAAAUGCAAUGGAUCAAGACAUGAAAGGGACUUACUUUUAAGUUUAUGGUCUGAAAGAGCGGAGCAGAAUGGUCACAUGACGAGAUGACAGAGAUCAAGAAAUAAAAGAGAGAACAAGGUGAUUUGAUGCUGAUAUGACAUGAGACAGAUAUGUUCAAAUACAUCAGCCUUUGAAGUUUAAGGCUUUCCAGAUGUUCUUUUAAUGUGUGUAUUUUGCAAGUAUUUGUGAUGUGUACAGUUUUAUGUGUACAUACUUGGCAGGUGUGUGAUCUCAUUGAAGAACUUGUUCUUCAUGCUGGCGAACUGGUGGUUGGAGUGGUGGGAGGGUGGCUGAGGUGGCGGGGGCUCCCUCUCCUCCUCCUCCUCGGCUGCCCUGCGGAGCCGCACCUCUGCCGCACCGACCAACAGCAUCACUGCUCUGCAAACAAAUGACAAAAGCAAAUGGUCCAGUCGGUCUCAUCCGCUUUUGGCGGCAUUUAAGCCAACGCAAGCAAAAGUGUCAACAGUUACCAGUGGCUUCUAUUACAAAGUAGUUACCUGUUUUUUAAUUUCAUAGAAAUAUUUCUUCUCCCUGCUUCUGUUUUUCCAGGAUGACCCAAUAUGACACUUGUCCUUCCUGUAAUCUCUUUAAUCUUCUGUUACAAACUCUUGCCUUUCACCAUCCCAGUCUACGUUUAGUCCAAUAGUCUCUGACACUUCAAAAAACACGUCACGUGGCGAUUCAUUAUUAGGCCACAAAAACACAUCUAGCAAGUCCACAUACAGUAUGACAACAACUUCAGCAUUUUCUCCAACACGUCAUGCAAAGCUUCAUUUUGUUAUCAGCUCUGCAUUUCUUCCACUUUCUGUAUCAGUGUAUCCUUGUUGGUUCCUUUACUAUGUGUAGGUACAAAUUGACUGCCAUGUAGGCAGUCCUCCAAAAGUGACUUUUGACUGCUCUGUAGGCAUGCUAGUGUUUUAAAAUUGAAUAGUAUAGUAAUAUUAACUUAUCUAUUUAAAAUCUAAAAUCCUAAAUGUGACAUCACUAUAAGCUACUGCAUAAGAUAAGUAUAAACAGAUAUGUAUUGGUAAUAAAGUUAUACAUUCUUACUGUAAUUCUACAUCUAAAUAGCGCCACACUUAACACAUAGAUAUCCCCUUACCCUCUACUGAGCCCCUUGCACCAACCACGUACCGUAUAACAGUGUAACCAUGACCAGCACCCAGAAACUGAAGUAGCAUACUACUGAAGAACUCAACAUUAUCUGUAUUAGUUGCAUCUUAUUUCCUGAAAUGUCAGCAAUGUCAACAUUUCUUCUGUUUUACUGUUUGUUAUUGUAACACACUAGAAAUCAUAACAUAUACAGUAUAAUUCUAUCGUAUAAAAUAACAAUCAAUCAAUUGUAGCUUCUCCGGUGUGAUUUUUAGAGCGUUCUGAUUUAGUGGAGUUAAAUAUCAGAUUUAAAAGGCACAUAAAAUGUAAACAGAAAGAUGCCUCCACCUGCUGCUACUGUAGAUACCUGCCUGUGAACCUAGAAUGAAGCACUAAAAGUGAAAAUGAAAAAUUCUUGUAACUUUCUUUCUCAGUAGGGACUUUAGCUAUUGUAACACACAAUCCCACAGGCCCUGCCCACAUGACACAUCCCUCUGUUGCUGCACAGCAGUUUAACAAGAUUAAUUGCCAAAGGUAAUCCAAAAAUCCCUCAGCUUAAACAAAUUAAGGACAGUUUGCCCCUCUGGGUCUCCUCCCCUUUCUCCACCCUCCUAUCACAGCUCUCCUCACCCCUCCCUUUUGUCACACAUGAAACAGAGGCAUGUGUGUUUAUCGAUGGCCCAUCACUACAUAAAUCAAGUGUUAGACAGGCAGACAUCAGUAUGUUUAUGACCAAUACAAGCAUAGAAAGAUAUGUAUUUAUCACACAAAAAUAGACAUAAAAAUAUUGGUUGAUGUGAACAAAAUUUCUUCAAUAUUCUGUUGUGAAAAACAAAUAAAUGAACUAAAAAAAUUGCACAAGGUAAGAUUAUUAGACCCAUAUAAUUCGCAAGUCUGGCAGCUAAUUAUCUUAGAAUGAAGUUUGACCUUGAAAAUAUUAAUUACAAUUAAUUAAAGACUUCAAUAUCAAAACAAAACAGCUACAUUAAUGCAACUCAGUAGAGUUGCUGCUACUUAAAUGUACCUGGUUCAGACAAAUUUGAUGAACUGAACUAUAUUAUUAAUAAUGAGUUUUUUGUCUUUAAACUAAGAUAAAUUACCCUCACUGCUACAGUAACUGUAGCUGUAUGUAUGCGAGGAGCAAUGGGCCCUGACUUAAUCUGACAUAAUCUGAUUUUUGGCAGAAAAACAUAUAAACCGUUCUCCUAAGAUGUAGAUGAUGAUAAUAUUGUUAAUAAAAUCCUUCAUAUUCAAAUGGAAAGCUUCAAAUAGGUUUAUGACAGAUAAAUGCUUACAGUAGUUUAACAGUAAUUCAGAUAAAUCAUGAAAACUAGUAGUUUGGUUUAGAGUCUAUAUUUACUAACAGCCAUCAUAUGUCAGAUAAGAACCACGGCUAGUAUCUGGGUCAGAGAAGAGUUAGGAAGAACCGCUGCCAGAACCGGCACCAGUUGUGGUCAGGUUUUUGGAAGGGUUCAUUAAGUGUCUGUCCACAAACUGUAGAUUUAAAAGGCCAAGCAGCUGGAGUGAGAAACUAAAUGAAAGUACAGUAUUACAAUUUAUGCUUUUGCCUUUGAAAAAAAAAUAUAAAUAAAAUAAAAUAAAAAAUAGACUGAAUGAAGCUAGAUGUAGUGAGACUAAGCAGAACAAUAUUAUGUAAGUCACAAUAGGAAAGAACCCAAGCCUAUUUCAAGCUCAUUCUAAGACAUUCCACUCUAACAAAUAAUAUCAGCUAAAGCAUAACUCUCAGCAUAUCUUUUAUUUACUACUUGGGAAUCAUUUAUUGAUGAAAAAGGCACAAACCUAAAGUACUAGGCCAUUUGUUCAUUUAAAAUCUAAAGAAAAGAAAUUUGAAAUUGUGUAUUUGUAGUAUUGUUGUAUACUAUUAUUUGUUAACAUUUGCAACAACUCUGUUUACUGUUUGAUCUCCUUUAGAUUGACCUGGUAAAAUAUUCUUUGAUAAUGACCCUUUUCAAUUACUGUAGUUAUUGGACUAGUCUCUUCUGUGUGAGUCAUGCAGGAGAAAACUACUAAAAUCACUGAUUCUAACCUUCACUACAGACAUCACUGUUGUUGAGGUGUACUGCAGCUGACUUCAUGUGAAUACAGGACCUACAAAUAGAUGCACAUAAGCCUUCUACAAUCCACUUAAUCUUUACCUGUUUUGGAAAAUGCCCUUCACGGUGUGAAAAAACAUCUGUUUUGUCAUUUUUGGGUCUCAAUUUAUGAAAUUCAAACACAGCAGACAUUAAAGAUACCUUAGCACUAGUUUGAAACUCUCUGAGCGAAGUUAUCUUUGAGCUCUUUGUGACCAUGGCUGCUUCAUGGUCUGUGUUCCCAGUGUCAGUACUGGCUCAUUUGAUGAUGGCUAACAUCCUAUUGUAUGUACAUGAUUAAAGACAAAGUAAAAAAAAAAAAUUAGAACUAUAGCAAAAAUAACAGAUACCAGUGACCAGAAAGUCAUUUUCAAUUUAUACAUGUAAAAUAUUUGUUGUUUCCACAUUUUGUUUGAGUUAAUUGUUUUAAUUUACAGCAAAUAUUUUAACAUACUGUAUGAGCAAUAUUUAAAACACAUGACUGGCUGUCAAAAUAAGAAAGUCACCAGCAAGACAGCAUUUACAGUAACUUACCGAAUAUGGUCCCAGUCCUUCUUUGUUCUGUUUGAUUCUGUUCUUAAUCUGUUGUAUCCAAACGUUCUUUCGAUAAAUUCACCACUACCAAUUGCAGAGAAGUCACUGUGCACAGCACCCUCUCUCAUUGUCUCUCCCCCUCCCCCCUUUGUUAAUCUCUACAUAUCCCUCACUGCCAAUUACAAACCGUCCACCUACAGUACUACCGUACACAGCAAAAACAUCUUACAUCAAGUUGCAUAUCUACCAAAGCAACUAGAUAAUUUUUACUAUCUGGCGUCAUGUGUUAGAGAAAGUUCAGAUGACAAUAUAUAAUUCCCUUGAAAGGGAUAAGAUUUGCAGGCUUAGUAAAUCCAAUGUGACCCUGAGACCCAUGUGGCAUUUUGAGCUUUUGUUGGGUUUCAAUACAUUAGACUCCACAAAUAAGAUCAGUUUGAAUAAUUGCAUAAUUGUCUUCUCUUAUUGGAACCAGGAAUCUGCAGUUUACAAUCACCCAAAUCAAAUAUUGAUACUGUGUAUACCAGAAAUAUUUGGAAGGUUGUUUUAACAAACUUCCUUACUGAACUGUAAGUUAGUGCUUUUCUUUUCUAUAUAGAGCAUUACAGUAGUAAAUUCUGGUUUUAUUAAAAUUAACAUUUGAAUUUGUCCUGAUUGAGAAUUGUUAUUUUUUUUUGUUGUUUCAAACACUUACUUAGGGGCAUCCAUUAAUAAACCUGUUGUCUGGAGUUCACCUUAGUCAACAAAAAGGUCAAGAACUUCUUGCUUCUUGGCGCUUUACAAGUGUCUGGAUGCCUAAGGUCAUGCCAUGUGUGAUACAGGCAGAUUUCCUCCUCUCUUACACACACGUAGCAUCGCAAGCCUCGGGGCUACCAGAGCAGUCAGCAAUCAUUAGAUGAUUGAUGUUUCACUUAGAAACAUCGAGGAGCAUCGAGAACCAAUAAUAUUUACAAGGCCAAAUGUCUUCUAGGAUUCAAGAUUUAUUAAUACAGUAAAAUAAGAUUAAGAUUUUAACAGAAACCCAAACUGGUAAAACUUCAAAUAUGAUAAAACAGAAAAAUAAUAUGCAUGUGUACUAAAUGUGUUAUUACAUGAGUGUAAUAAAAUGCAAAAAUCGUUUUUGGCUUCUUGCAAUGUUUUUGCAUCUGACUACACUAGUUUUACAUAGUUACCAUUGUGUUGUUAAACUUAUUAAACACAGUAAUGAAAAUA